AUGCUUCUGCCUGAACCUGACCCAGUCGCCAAGAAGGUCACCUUGACUGUUGGAGCCCCUGGUUUCCGCAAGCAAGAGGAAGCAGAGAGGAGCUUUGCCGCAUGCGCAUGCACCUCAUGUGCUGAAGCUUCUGCGGGCCCAGUGGCUCAAGGAAAUGACCAUGUCAUGGCGGCCGACCUGUUUGGGGCAUCAGAAGAACGUCCUGGCGUCUUGGAGCUGGAUGAUGUGAUGAUCUCUAGGUCUGGCCUCUGGGUGUUCAUGAUCACCGCUGCAUCCAACCGAGGGGCCGCCGCUGUGGACAGGGCCUUCUGA